AGACAUCAUUAGAGCAAUCAUGUUACGUUUAUUGAUACUGCUGUUUUCUGGAUUAUAUUUAGUAAAUUUAUCCAACGGUAUUGAUCUUUUGGACUGCGGCAAUCCACUACCUGACCUAAAUCGACGCGACGAUACUUCUAACGGCACAGUGUAUUUGUCAACGGUAACAUUUUCAUGUAACGAUGGCUACGAGCUGGUUGGAGAAAACAUAUCAGUAUGUACGGCAUUGUCUAAAUGGCGACCAGAAGUUCCUUAUUGCAAAAUAAAAGAUUGUGGACCUCCUCCAGAUUUAGCAUUCGGCACAUGCAUUGUUUCCAACACUACGUUCCAAUCUAUUGGACUAUGUUUAUGUACGACUGGAUACACGUUUGAGGGACGAAAUAGCAUAAAAUGUCUCGCGAAUGAAUCAUGGGGAGGUCCCGAAGGCAGCUGCGCUAAAAAAGAUUGUGGCCAUCCUCAUUAUUUAGCACACGGCACAUGCAUUGCUAUCAAUACUACGUAUCAAUCAAUUGGACUGUGCUCUUGUAACACUGGAUACACUUUUACUGGACGAAAUAGCAACAUCGAAUGCCAUGCGAACGGAUCAUGGAGCAUCCCUGAAGGGAGCUGUGCUAUUAAAGCUCAACCACUGACUUCUGAAAGCUCUGCAACUAUUGAACCGACGAACAACACAACAACUGAUCCGCCGACGACAACAAUUACUCAAAACACAUCGGAAAAAACAACAACUCAACCAACAUCGACAGCAUUAAGUCAACAAACAACUCAUCAAACGACGACACCAGAAACACAAUCAACAAGUACUACAACAACAUCAACAAUAAUAUCGACAACAAAGACAACCCAACCACCAACAGCAAAAACAACCACACAGCAAACAACGACAAAACCUACAACACAACCAACAUGGACAACAACAACACAUUUUUCAACAACGUCAACAACUCAACGACCGACGACAAUAGCAAUACAAGCAACACAACAUACAGCGAAAACAACAAUAACUCGAUCAACAACACAACCAACAGCAACGCCAACAACUAAAACAACUGCUAAACCAACAUCGACCAUAACAACAACAGCAACAACGGUAUCAACACCAACGACACAACCAACAACCACAACACAAUCAACAACAGCAUUAACAACAAUUCAACAAGCAACGACAACAAUACCAAAUAAACAAGCAACGACAACACAACGAACACCAAGACCAAAAACAACUACAACAACAAUAGCAACAUCACAAACAACAGCAACAUUACCAACAACAACGGCAACAAUAACAACACCAACAACACCAACACCAAAACCAACAACAACAUCAACACCAACGACAACAUCGCCACAACCACCAUCAACAACAACACCACCACCACCGACAACAAAAACAACACCAACAACAACAACAACAACACCAACAACAGCACCAACAACAUCAACACCAACAACAACACCAACACAACCAACAACAACAACACCAACAACAACACCAUCAACAACAACACCAACAACACCACCACCAACAACAACAUUAACAGCACCAACAACAGCACCAACAACAGCACCAACAACAUCACCAACAACAGCACCGACAACAUCACCAACAACAGCACCAACAACAACUACAACAACAACUACACCACCAACAUUAACACCACCAAAAACAACACAGACACCAGCAACAACAUCAACAACAACACCAACAACAACAAUACCAACAACACCACCACCAACAACAACAAUGCCAAUAACAACACCAACAACAACACAAACGACAACACCAACACCACCACCAACAGCACCACCACCACCAACAACAACACCAACACUUACACCAGCAACAACACCAACACCGACAUCAACAACAACACCAACAACAACUCUACCAACACCACCAACAACAACACGAAUAACAACACGAACAACAACACAAACAGCAGCAAAAACAACAACUCCAACAAUAACAUCAACCACACCAACAACAACAGCACCACCAACAACAAUACAAGCAACAACAACAACACCAACAACAAUUCCAACAACAACACCCACAACAACACAAACGACAACACCAAAACCACCAUCAACAGCACCACCAGCAACAACACCAACACCAACAACAACACCAACAACAGCACCACCACCAACAACAACACCAACAACAACUCCAACAACAACACCAACAAUAACACGAAUAACAACACGAACAACAACACAAGCAACAACAAAAACAACAACACCAACAACAACAACACCACCACCACCAACAACAACAACAACUCAGCAAACGAAGCAAACAACAACCUAUCCAAGAAUGACACCAACAUAUCAAGAUUGUAGAAAUCUCCCUGCUCUGCCGCUCGGAAAAUGCGUUGCCACCAACACAACGUUCCUAUCUAUCGGACUGUGUUUCUGUAACACUGGAUAUCAUUUCACUGGAAACAACAAAAACAUUUAUUGUCUCGCGAACGGAACAUGGAGCAUGAUCGAAGGAAGCUGCACUAUAAACAACUGUGGUAAUCCACGCAUUGAUCCAAAUCGCCAUGAUGACAUAUCAAAUGGCACAGUUUAUUUGUCAACGGCGACAUUUUCGUGUAACGAUGGUUAUGAGUUAGUCGGGGAAAACUCGUCGAUAUGUACGGAAUCGUAUGAAUGGAGACCAGAAGUUCCGCAUUGUAAAAUACGAGAUUGUAGAAGUGUUCCUGAUUUACCGUUCGGCAAAUGCAAUUCCAAUGACACCACGUACCAGUCUGAUGGAUUUUGUUUCUGUAACACUGCAUACAAUUUCACUGGACACAACAACAAUAUUCAGUGUCUCGCGAACGGAACGUGGAGCGCGAUUGAAGGCAGCUGCAUUUUAAACGACUGUGGAAAUCCAACUGUUGAUUCAAAUCGCCAGGAUGACAUAUCAAACGGCACAUUUUAUUUGUCAUUGGUAACAUUUUCAUGUAACGAUGGCUACGAGUUAUUUGGAUCGAAUACAUCAAUGUGCACCGCAUUUUCUUUAUGGCAACCAGAAGUUCCACACUGCAAAAUAAAAGAUUGUGGAAGUGUUUAUGAUCUACCGUUCGGCAAAUGCAAUGCCAGCACAACCACGUACCAAUCUAUUGGACUGUGUUUCUGUAACACUGGAUAUCAUUUCACUGGAAACAAGAACGAAAUUCAAUGUCAAGCGAACGAAACAUGGAGCAUGAUCGAAGGAAGCUGCACUAUAAAAAACUGUGGUAAUCCACGCAUUGAUCGAAAUCGCCAUAAUAACAUAUCAAAUGGCACAGUUUAUUUAUCAUCGGCGACAUUUUCGUGUAACGAUGGCUACGAGUUGGUCGGGGAAAACUCAUCAAUAUGUACGGAAUCGUAUGAAUGGAGACCAGAAGUUCCGCAUUGUAAAAUACGAGAUUGUAGAAGUGUUCCUGAUCUACCGUUCGGCAAAUGCAAUUCCAAUGACACCACGUACCAGGCUGAUGGAUUGUGUUUCUGUAACACUGGAUACAAUUUCACUGGACGCAACAACAACAUUCAGUGUCUCGCGAACGGAACGUGGAGCGCGAUUGAAGGCAGCUGCAUUUUAAACGACUGUCGAAGUGUUCCUGAUCUACAGUUCGGUAAAUGCAAUGCGGCUGACACAACGUACCAGUCUAUCGGACUGUGCUUCUGUAACACUGGGUAUAGUUUUACUGGAAACAAUAAUAACAUUAAGUGUCUAGCGAACGGAUCGUGGAGCGCGAUUGAAGGCAGCUGCAUUUUAAACGAUUGUAGAAGUGUUCCUGAUCCACCGUUCGGCAAAUGCCAUGCCAAUGACACCACGUACCAAUCUGUUGGAAUGUGUUUAUGUAACACUGGAUAUCAUUUCACUGGAAAUAACAAUAACAUUCAGUGCCUCGCGAACGGAACGUGGAGCAAAAUUGAAGGCAGCUGUAUUUUAAACGAUUGUGAAAGUGUUCCUGAUCUACCAUUCGGCAAAUGCGAUGCCAACACAACCACUUUUCAAUCUAUUGGAAUGUGUUUCUGUAACACUGGAUACCAUUUCACUGGAAACAACAACAACAUUCAAUGUCUCGCGAACGGAACGUGGAGCGUGAUUGAAAGCAGUUGCGCUAUAAACGAUUGUAAACGUGUUCCUGAUCUACCGUUCGGCAAAUGCCAAGCCAAUGCCACCACGUACCAGUCUGUUGGGCUUUGUUUAUGUAAUACUGGAUAUCAUUUGACUGGAAGCAACAAAAGCAUUCAGUGUCUCGCGAACGGAACUUGGAGCGAAAUUGAAGGCAGCUGCAUUUUAAACGAUUGUGGAAGUGUUCCUGAUCUACCGAUCGGAAAAUGCAAUGCCAACACAACCACUUUCCAAUCUAUUGGAAUGUGUUCAUGUAACACUGGAUACCAUUUCACUGGAAACAACAUCAACAUUAAAUGUCUCGCAAACGGAACUUGGAGCUUGAUUGAAGGCAGUUGCGCUAUAAACGAUUGUGGACCCCUACAUGUUGACGCCAAUGGCAACAUUACCAAGACGAAUGGGACCACAUUUCUUUCAUUCGCAGAGUUUACGUGUAACAUGGGUUAUACAUUACACGGGUCACAGUCAUUAACGUGCACCGAAACUGCAACAUGGAGCUCUAAUGCUCCAAUCUGUGAGAUAAAAAACUGUAGACAGCCUCCAUUAGGCAAUCUAUCAACAAUACAUGCACCCUUUACGACAUUUAACGCCACGGCGGUAUACGUCUGUCUCCCUGGAUACAGCACAACCAACAUUACUGAGCUCACGUGUACUGCUGACGGCGAGUGGAAUGGAACAGCGCCAAUAUGUUCAGAUAUCGACGAGUGCCUCAACAGGCCAAAGCCAUGUGACUUCAACGCCAAGUGUACCAACUCUGAUGGCAGCUUCAAGUGUGAAUGUCAGAGUGGAUACAGAGACCUGGAUGGGGUCGGGGGACAACGAUGUGCUGAUGUAGAUGAAUGCGUGUUUGAUGGAGACUUUUACUGUAUGCAUACGUUAAACCAAACACGUGUAUGCGUGAACAUUGACGGGGGAUACGUGUGUGUGUGCAACAAGGGACUCACUGGAUCUAAAUGUGAAAGCGAUAUCAUUGAAUGUAAUGACACUACCACGUGUGGUCCCCAUGCUGACUGUACCAACACGUAUGGUGGUUACUCAUGCAAAUGCCCGGACGGCUACCCACAGGGAAAUCCAUAUCUUGGAUGCUUCGAACCAGUUUUGCUGGACUUCAAAGCAGCUGGGGAUAGAUAUAACGGUGACAACCCGAUGAUAGAUGCUUACCAUAUCUCGUCAAGAUUGCCAUAUUUAGGAGAAUAUAUUCAUUGGUUCAAGCCAAAUAUGAACGGAUUCAUAUCACUGGAAUUCCAACCAUUGUACAACGAAUAUGGAGGUGAAAAUUCCAGCGAAUGGAAGGCAGCUAUACAGAACCAAAAAGUGAUUGCACCGUUAUGGACAAACAUCGAUAGUAGAAAUAUAACAGACGGAGGAUUGUGGAUCCACGUGUUUACUGAAAAAAAUAAGACAGACGUUUCAAAGAUCCAGGACCUCGUUCGCCAAUACACCAACCAUACUGAGUUCAAUAUAAGUGUGGCCUUGGUGGCCACGUGGAAACACGUGACUGUUCACUCGCCCUACGAACCCGGAUUUGAACUCGUUAAGAUUCAGAACCUUUCGAUGCAGUGCAUUCUGGCAUCAGACGGAAUGUACACGUACAUCAUGUUCAACUACGACCGGGAACAGUUCAGUAUCAGACCGUUACCAGAAGUACCUGUUGCUAGUGGUUACACAAAUAUAGAUUACACCGGUGUCGUUCUGUCUGACCGAUAUAACUUCACAAGUCUUAAUCAAAAAUCCAAUGUUCAGCCAGAUUUCGCUGGAAGAUGGAUUUAUAAUGUGACGGUCGUCACAGAAGCUAUGAAAAAUGAAAUCCUAUGCCAAAGAUUUUACGAAAGUAAUAAGGAUGAGCUCCGAACCUGGAUACAGAAACAGCUUGAGUUUGCCCUUCCAUGUCCUUGUCAGGAGGUGCUAAUGAUGGAGGACUACACAUUCACCCGAAAUGACUCACUUCGCCCCGGGUUUGGAAGUCACAUGACAUGUUACGAGUCCUGGUUUUUCAGCGCCUAUGGAAUUAAACAGAAAUGCUGCUACAUGUUCAGUAAACUGCAGACGCAGUAUCCGGGUGCAGUAGCGGCGGAAUUUGAUAACGACACAGUUGCAAAACUACUCGAGAAGGGUUACAAUCAGUGCUGCUCCCCUGAUAGCAGCCAGAAAUACUGUCAUCUGUACCAGGUGAUCAACCCACCUGAUAACUGCUCAAGGUACACGAUCAGCGACGAGAUACCGACAGACGAAGGCAUCAUGCAAGCCAUCAUCAAACGUGUUAGAAAGAUGCUUGGCAUAUAAUUUAUAUAAUACAUUCAUUCGCAAAAUGAUUAAUGUAUCGUUAAGGGUGUUAAUGGCUUCAAUGUAAAAUAAACUUAUAACAUAAUGUG